GGGAGUUCGGAGGCCGCAGCGGCGCCUGAGGGAGCUCGGCCGCCAUUUUGUGCCUCUCGCUCGGUCCGGGGCGGCCGCGCGGUCGCUGCCGUUCUGAGGGAGCGCUCGGCUCUCCUGCCCUGUAGGUCGGGGUGACGCCGCCAUGGGCCGUAAGAAGAAGAAGCAGCUGAAGCCUUGGUGCUGGUACUGUAACAGGGACUUUGAUGAUGAGAAAAUCCUUAUACAGCAUCAAAAAGCAAAGCACUUUAAAUGCCAUAUAUGUCAUAAGAAACUGUAUACAGGACCUGGUUUAGCUAUACACUGCAUGCAGGUACAUAAAGAAACAAUAGAUGCUGUUCCAAAUGCUAUUCCUGGAAGAACAGACAUUGAACUGGAAAUCUAUGGAAUGGAAGGCAUUCCAGAAAAAGACAUGGAGGAACGGAGGAGGUUACUUGAACAAAAAACUCAGGAGAGCCAGAAAAAGAAACAACAGGAUGAUUCUGAUGAGUAUGAAGAUGAUGAAUCUGCAGCUUCAACUUCAUUUCAACCCCAGCAAGUUCAGCCACAGCAGGGGUACAUUCCCCCCAUGGCACAGCCAGGUUUGCCUCCUGUGCCAGGUGCACCAGGGAUGCCUCCAGGUAUACCCCCAUUAAUGGCAGGUGUUCCACCUAUGAUGCCUGGAAUGCCUCCAGUUAUGCCUGGAAUGCCACCUGGAUUACAUCAACAGAGAAAAUACAUGCAGUCAUUUUGUGGUGGAAACAUGAUGAUGCCAAUGGGUGGAAUGAUGCCUCCUGGGCCAGGAAUCCCACCUCUUAUGCCUGGUAUGCCACCAGGGAUGCCCCCUCCUGUUGGGCCUCGGCCUGGCAUGCCUCCAAUGACACAAGCACAGCCUGUUACAGCCCCGGGCAUUCUGAACCGGCCUCCAGCUCCUGCUGCAACAGCACCAACUCCACAGCCUCCAGUUACCAAACCACUCUUCCCAAGCGCAGGGCAGAUGGGGACACCUGUCACAAGCUCAAGUGCAGCUUCCUCCAAUUCAGAAAGUCUCUCAGCAUCUUCUAACGCUCUGUUUCCUAGCACAGCACAAGCUGCAGCAGCUGUGCCAGGGCCAGUUGGUACUGAUUUCAAACCUUUGAAUUCUACACCUGCAACAACAACAGAACCCCCCAAACCAACAUUCCCGGCUUACACCCAGUCCACAGCCUCAACCACUAGCACAACAAACAGCACUGCAGCUAAACCAGCUACAUCUAUCACAAGUAAGCCUGCUACCCUCACCACAACCAGUGCAACCAGUAAGUUGAUCCAUCCAGAUGAGGAUAUAUCACUGGAAGAGAGAAGGGCACAGUUGCCCAAAUACCAGCGAAAUCUUCCUCGACCAGGCCAGGCUGCCCUGGGUAAUCCACCAGUUGGACCAAUUGGAGGUAUGAUGCCACCACAGCCAGGAAUCCCUCCACAGCAACAAGGAAUGAGACCUCCCAUGCCACCUCAUGGUCAGUAUGGUGCUCAUCACCAGGGCAUGCCAGGAUACCUUCCUGGGGCAAUGCCUCCAUACGGUCAGGGACCUCCGAUGGUGCCCCCGUACCAGAGUGGACCUCCUCGCCCUCCCAUGGCAAUGAGACCGCCCGUAAUGUCCCAAGGUGGCCGCUACUGAUGCUCCUACUCACGCUCUAAUAGGUUUGGAGAUUAAACCUUUUCUCAUCUUGUGCUGUUAAUAUAGCCGAGCUUCCGUCAAUUAAGGCUUCAUUGUGACUCUUAAAAAAAAAAUAAGUAUCUUCCCACAUGCAAGGAGCUGUUGGACAUUUUAUUUUACAUGGGAAAAAUUAUUUGGAAUAAUAACAGGAAGUUUUCCUGAUGUUGCAAUUUAUACUGUAUGGCUUCUUUUUCAUGUUUCAUCUAGGUUUUUAGAAGUGAAGUAUAGUAAAUAUGGUUCGUUAAAUUGUGAAGGCGCUGGAAUUACAUGAACAUACCACCUUAAAGCCCUGCCAUAGGACAGGCUGAGGCAGAGUCUCAGUGUUGCCCUGUUCAGUCUGAGGCAAGUGGGAUUUAUUUUAUUCAUUCUGGGGGCUUUCACAGCUUUAUGGCUGUUGGAUAUUUAUGUCCCCAAACUUGCAGCAAGUUUGGUGAAGGCCCCUAAAUUUAUUUUAAUUUAGGUUUUUUAUUCUCUUUUGGUAGAUGGGCUCUAUAUUAAUAUUUCUCCUUUUAUUAUCACUGUGGUUUUAAGAGUCUUAAGGGGGGGGAACCUGUUUUAAGAUGUGUGGGUACCUUUUCUCUUAAUGGAAUGCAUUUCCUUCAGGGCUGCUCAGGUGUCCUUUAGACUCCCCAUCCCCAUCUUUCCCUGCAUUGCCUUUGUGCUGUAUUUGGGUUUGGGUUUGGUAGUGUUCAUUUUGUGUAGUCUCUGAAUUAGUGGCAUGUAAAUACCAAUUAUUAAUGUUUUCUCUUCUGAGGAUGUGUAUCUAUUGAAAAGCUUAAAAUAGAUUUGAACUAGUAAGUUAAUUGCUACAAUAAUUUGUAGCCCAAAUUACAGAAUGCAGUUUCUUUGAAGAAGGUUAAGAUGUUAAUACUGCUGUGUUUGUGAGCUGCACCUCAACAAAUAUUAAUGUAGAGCCCUGUGAAGAAAUAGAGAUCAGAUCCUCGUUGGUAACACAGAAUAGAAGAGUGAGAAAUCAAAGCUGCAGAUUUUUCAGCUCUCCAGUUUCGGGGAGAACCUUUUCCUCAGUCUCUCUUUCCUCAGUUCAGGGAGAACUUCUUCCUCUAUCUCAAAUACGUCAAAUUUGAAAAUGUUUUGACUCUUGCAACAAUAGCAAGAUUUGAAAAACUUUCUUUUAAACCUUGUUAGAUUCUGUUGCAUAUUCAGAAUUAGCUUUAUUUGACGUUCCUUCUUUCACACAGUGCCUAGCAAAAAUUUCUACCCUUAGUGAAGAAAAAGGUGCUGAUUCUGCUGCAGAUCCAUUGUUUGUGAAUGCUUGAGAUUGCUUAAGGAAAGCUUCAGAACAGCUGGUUUUGUAGAAUACCAGCAGUGAAAUAGUAAAUAAACAAAUGUGGGAGUCUGGUUUGACUUUUUUUUUUAAGUUUUUGAGAUAUUUUUCAAGUUUGUGGUGAGGCUUUUUUAUGAACAUAGUUGUUUAUUUCUUCAAGAUAUCGUUUAAUACUGACCCCUAAUGGGAUUUGAAGUAAUUUUAAUUCAAGGAUAGAGUUGUAAUUCACUUAGAGUGGAUUGCACAUUGCUGUUGUACCCUUCUUUGUUUGUGCUCUGCCCUUUGCAUUUUUCCUGUAGAAGCCCCCCCCAAAUCCUUGUCUGACUGGAAAGUUUACCUGUCCAUGUUAACUGGUUCUGAAUGGUUACUGAGCAUGGUCUUGCUUUGCUAAUUCUCAUUGUGGUGCUCCCCCUGAUAACAGUGAAGAUGAGAACAACUCUUCAAGAUAAACUACUGCAACUAGUACUCCUUUCACUUGCUUAAUUUAUAGGACCAUUUGGCUUAGUUAUUUUUUCCCUAGAAUGUCUAAGGAAACUGUUUAACUCAAAAUAAUGCAUUGUGGGGCUUUGUACUUCUUGCUUAAAGUAUCUGAAUCUCUUAGAGUCUCAAAAUAAAAAAUAGGCAAUUUUGAAAUGCCUCUUUAUUUUGAGGGAUGAAGUGUGUUCUUAGUUAUAUUCCAGUCUUUCAGCUCUCAUUGCAGCAGUUUGUGUGUCACAAAGUUGGACAUCUUGCUGUUAGUGAAAUUUCUGUACAAAGGUAACAGUAUUUCAGUGAUGUGACUUUUAUAGAUAUUAACAAAAUGAGGUCUUGGAAUUCAGGUUUUUUUAAGCUUAAGUAGGGGCACAUAACUUUUUUUAAGGAGCAGGGGUUACUGAUACUCUGCUAAAUUGGGUAAAUUUGCACCUGAUCUAUUAAACGAGAAAAGUAACUUGGAAAUGUGGUAAAUAAAGUACAUACCACACAUGGAGAAUUUAAAAAAAAUCUGUAUGCUUGUAAUUAAAAUAAUCAGAGGAGGGAAACAGUGGUAGUGAGUGGGUUCUGUAAGAAUGCAGCUGCCUGUGCCUGCUCUUCUGUCUCAUGGUUGGGCUAAGUUGGAAGUAAUUCAGAGGAAGGAAGAGUUUUGGGACAGCCAUUUAAGGGAUCAAGAGCAAUCAAAGUGUUUGUAAAGUGUAAGGUAUAUAAAAGUUCUUUCUGAAGUUCUGAAAAACACUUGGGGAGAGGUUUGUGGCACACUGUAAGCAGGAACUUAGUGCAGUGUUGGUUGCCAGAGCACAGAUUGCCAGUAAGGCUCUGUUAGAGGAAAUGCAGUUUUACUGCACUGUGCAGGUGUGGCUGAGGGCUGAGCCCUGGAGCUGCUGCUCUGGCAGCCAGACAUGUCCUGGCAUCCUGCUGAGUCACUUUGGACUGUCCCUGCUAUGAAUAAUUGUCAGGCUUGCUGCUUAAAUACCUGGGCUCUGUGAAUAAUGAGGCCCUUGUACCUUCUGACCAAGUUUAAAAAGCACCUAAAUUCUUGUGGGCUUUCUUGCAGUAGGGACAGUCAGCAGCACUGCUGGUUUAAUGGCAGUGAAUUUGACUUCUGCAGAAAUACUGUCUUGAACUUACUUAUUUUAAGGUUUUUCUUUCUUGAGGAUAUAAAGAAGUAAAAAAGUUUUGAGGAAAUAGUAGAAUUUUAAUGCCAGUAUCAUCUUAACUGAAAGCAAAGAAGCACAUGACACUGAGAGCCUGAAAGCUUUGUUAAAAAUUCUCUUGUUAGCAGUUAGUGUCUCUCUGACAGCUAGCUGCCUUAUACAAGGUUCAAGCUUCUGACAUCUUACAUUUUUUUUCACUUAAAUUUUGUCUUAAAUCUCUACCAUAUUCAGAAAGGGGGCAUGGGUUGUAGAAUUUCAGCUUCUCCUGCUCUUAGUAGCCACUCUGUAGAAUUGGGUUUUGCUAACAGUAAUUUUAAUUACCUGAAAUGAAUGCAGUACAACCAAAAGCAACUAUUUCACCAUUUUCCAACAUAGAAAGUUAUGUAAUGCUUUGAGACAAAGAUGUCAUGGAGAGCUUUUUUCUUUUCUUUUCAUUGAGUUACUUGCACUGAAUUCUCUAGCUUCUUUCUCAUAAACUUAAGUGGGAAAAAAUACAUUUUUCUCUUUCACUUGUAAAGUCCAGAGUGAGAAAACACGCUUUAGGACUUUAAUGAAGGAACCUGGCAAUGUAAGUAUUGUAAUUUCCUUUGAUUUUAGUAGGCAGCUGGUGACCUGGUUAAACUUAUGGGUUAUGUAUGAAAAAUCACAAGGGCAAACUGAAAGUAGUUUUAUAGUUGCCUUUACUUCACAUGCUUUUCUUAAGCAACAAAUUGCAGUAAUUGAAGUUUGGCAGCUUUUUUUUUUUUUUUUUUAAUAAAAAGCUAAAUUAUGGGUAAAACACCUUGGUUUAAUACAAUUUGUGUUUCUGUUAACUAGCAGCAGAAUUUCAGCAUUUGCUACUUACUGGUAGAGAAGAAAAAUUCCACAGAACUGCCAGUACAGGUUAGUUUAAUCUGUAAGUACCUGAUGUUCCUAUUUGAAAUAAUUUGUUCAAAUGAUACCACUUAAAUACCUGAGGGGAAUUUUGAUCUCUGAAAUGCAAUUGUUACCUACUACUGAUUCCAGUAGUGAGUGAACAGAGUAGACUUCUUUGGAAGAUCUAUAAUGGAUUUAACUAUGCUUGUGGACAGGUAGAAAUAUCUGCAAGCACCUUUAAGGAAAAUUUAAUACAGAAUCUUGACAAGCAGCCUUUGGUGUUACUGAAGAAUGUGAAAAUCUGAAGUCACAAUCAUGUGGUAACAUGCCAGUUAUUACUGAGGCUGUUUUUUACCAGCAAACCUGCAGGGUCCUGUGUUUGUUGUGUUGGGGAUUAAGCAUUUCUGUUUCUAAGAAUCCAUAUCAGUUUGUAAUCUUUCCAUUUUCUUUAGCUAUUGCUAAUUACCCUUUCUUACCCACAGAUUUUUACUUUGUUAGGCUGGUAAGCCAGGAGCUUGUUCUUCUGUGCUUUUUAAAUUAUUUUGUUGGUUCAUUUCAGCACUUCAGAGGCUGCCUACAAACGUGGUUUUGUCCAGCUGUUUUAUCUUACAUCACAGUUACUGCUCUGCCUCUAUUUUAAUUCUGGCCUAUUCCAUCUUCCCAGAAAUUCUGGUAUUUUAUUUCUAUUGUGUAGAAUGUUUUAUACCUUAAAAUAGGAACGAUUCUUUGUGAAUGAACAAAAGAUGCAGCUUUCUCUGGAAUGGCUGCACACAUUUAUUUCUAUUUAGACUUUGUAUAUUUUAUCUCUGCAUAUCAGUAGAAGAGAUGAAAACCUUUUCUGUGCUGGAAGCAUGAAGCAGAGAUCCACAGCUGGAUGGGCUGUAAGACUGUGCUUUAAUUCACUUUUGAGGCCGUGAUGUCCCACUCUGAAUUUGAGGGGCUUUUGUCAUCACUGGUGGGUAAUUACUUAGCACUGGGAAGGUCACAGUUGUGUGGUAGCUGAACAGACACUUGAGUUUUGCCAGCUCAUCUGAAGAGUCUAGAGUGGGUUUAUGAGUGACUUGCCACUUCCAGCAGAAUUCUUGGUUUAGGGUUCCAAAAUCUUAAACAGUGCUGCAGAAUUCAUCAUAAAAACAUGCACGGUUUCAAGGCAAUUGUAGCUUCCCACGUUUUAGAAUCGCUACUGUAUCAGCCCAUUGCCUGUUAUCUUCUCUACAUCAGUUCUUGGUAAUUUACACUAAAUUGCUUUAUCUUCAAAAUGAGCUGCAGGCAAAUUUCUGACUAAUGUUGCAUAGAUUUUUCUUCCUAGGAGGGGGAAAAGGGGGAGUCAUUAAUUAUAUACAAUAUACAUUGAUAUUUACAAAUUAGCUUUAUCUUUCUUUGCUUAAUCUUAAUUGCAGGUAUGCAGGAAUAAAAAGGAUACAUGUUGUGAGGUUAGCCCUGGUAACAGAAUGUGUCUGUAUUUCUUACACCACCUGUGGUUGACCUGCUGGCAUUAAUGCAGUGCUCAGUACGAAGCUGGAUCAGUAAAUGCUGUUGGCUGCUCAAUUACCAUGUCAGGUCCUGGUUUUGGCAGUGGCUGCAUGCAGACCUGCACUGCUCGUACACUGGUCUGGCAGUCAUGGGGAUAACUAAAGGGCACUGUGUUCCAUAGGGUCUUAACAAAAGGAAAAGUGCAUUUCUCCAGGACAGAUUGUAGUAGAACUCUGGUAGAAAGACAUCUCUUUGUGACGCUUUAAAUGGCAGUUACUUAUGGUACUUUUUGGGAGAAUAAAGUUUAUUUUCAUUUGAGAUAGGACCAAAACAAGACUGGAAAUGUGGACUUUGAUUGCCAGGUAAACAGUGUUAAAUUGUAGCUCAACUUCUGACACACCACUAGAGCAGCUGUCCAUUGUGAAGUGGUUCAGCAGUCUUCCCUCACAGUUGUGGUACUGUGUAUUUGGGUUGUCAUUUCCCACUUUUCUUUCCACUCUUUGCUGACUCCCAGUUGCCCUUUUUGAGUUUCUGGUCACCAUGCAGCAAACUCAAAAUGACCAAACUCCAAACUGGUUUUAGUACCUUCAUAAAGGACCUUGAAGCACCUGAGUGAGCAGUGUCCCCUCUCAGCAGCAGUAUGGCCACAGAAGUUAGUGUCUUGUGAAGGGCUUUUUUCUGUAACUUAACUGAUACUGCUUUUGUGUUAAGUGGGAUGAAAGGGCUGGGAUUACUGAUCUUUUUCAAAAGACAGGUGGUGGCAAAAUACUGGUGUGGAAUUUAAUUCAAGAAAGUGAGAGACUGGUAAGUAUGUGCAUCACUUUAAUGCAUGCAAAUAAUAGUAACAAUAACAAGCUUAAUUUUAUAGCAUUCACUUUACAAAGAAGAUUAAAAGAAAAUGUGGAGCUGACAUGAUUUGCAUCCACUGGGAACCCUCUCUUGAACUGUUCUUGAGGAAUGGGUCAUUGCACACACAGCCAUCUGCAAUGUGUGACAUUUUGUAACAGUGUCUGAUUAAACAGAAGUGAACCAC